AUGUGCAUCCCUCCCGAAGCUGCAUGCUCAGUGGAAGAGGACGAUGUCCCAGGGGAGAAGGAAGGCGAGGCAGAAGGAGAAGCAGGAGAGGGAGAGCCCAAGAGGGGCGAGCCUUCUUCCUCUUCUUCCUGCUGCCUGGUGUUGUUGUGCUUGUGUGUUCUUCUGCAGCAGGAAGUGGGCCUUCCUGGCAGGGCUGGCGGGCUGCGCGGUGCAGCAUUGCAACAAACCUCGCGAGGAAGGACGAGCCGGGAAGGAAGGAAGGAAGGAAGCGAGGAAGGAAGAGGAAGAGCAGCAGGAGCACAGAACCAGGAGCAGCAGGAGAAGAAGCAGGAAGAGGGCGAGAGUGCUGCUGCUUCUGCAACUGCUGCAGCUGCUCUUGGAGGACCCGUGAUCUGCUCCAUGGAGGGAGAGGAGCGUCCCACCGCCACCCCGCCGGCUCCUCCGUCGUGUGAGAGGCCCUUCCCGUUAUGGGAGGAGGGCUCUGGGGAUGAGAACGCGCUGGUGAUCCACAGCCAGGUGGAGGAGGAGGAGCAGCACAAGUGCCUGGUCUGCGGGGAGACCUUCCCGCAGCCGCUGAGCCUCCUGCGGCACCAGAAGCAGCAGCACGCCGGGGAGCGGGCCUUCGUGUGCCCCGAGUGCGGGCGCGGCUUCGGCCUCAAGCACAACCUCAUCAUCCACCAGCGGAUCCACACCGGGGAGAAGCCCUUCGCCUGCGGGAUCUGCGGGAAGCGCUUCAGCCUCAAGCAGAACCUCCUGACCCACCAGAGGGUCCACGGCGGGGGCGUCGAGCGGCCCUUCUCCUGCCCGGCCUGCGGGAAGGGCUUCCGGGAGGAGCGGCAGCUCCUGGCGCACCAGAAAGGGGCCUGUGGCGGACGCAGCCCGGAUGUGCCGGAGAAACCCUCUCGAGGGAGGCCCUGCCCGUCCGGGGAGCGCGGGGAGGCCGUGGGGCAGAGGCCGCUGAGGGUCAAGCACCAGGAGAAGUCCCAGCAGAACGGCGGGGCGGCCGCCUUCACCUGCCACGAGUGCGGGGAGGGCUUCGGCAACCGGAGCAGCCUGGUCAGCCACCAGCGGGCCCACCGGGCGAAGAAGGCGCUCCCCAGCGAGGAGGGCAAGCGGUGCUUUGGCCCGAAGGAGACCCCAAGGAGCCCGGGGCGGAGACUCCGAGCGGGAGACGCCCCCUUCCAGUGCCUCACCUGCGGGAAGAGCUUUUCCCAGAAGAGCAACCUGGCCGCGCACCGGAGGAGCCACUUGGGGCAGGAGGCGCUGGGCUGAGCCCCACGGAAGCCUUUCAGGGAUUGGGGGGAACGGAGAAGGAAGAGAGGCCUUGGUCGAGGGGGGAGCGCCAGCCGGACCGGCCUGGCGUGAUAUUGCGGGGAAAGGGAAUGCUGGGAGCUCGCGGUGAGCAGGGGGGACUACGGGGAUCCGGACCCCGAAAGAACCCAAACUCCGGGGUUGCUUCCAAAGCAAAUGGAUCGACCCUCCACCCUCCAUUUCAGACUGGCAAGAGGAGGCGUUUCUUGCUUCCAUACAUGAAUUGUGUUGCCUCUUGCCUAUUUGUUCAGCCAGGAAAUAUGGCAUUUCAAUACCCUUAUUUUUUGUUCAUUUCCAAAGCUGGCAUUUUCCAUCGUUGAUGUAUUUUUUUUCUUUCCGGAGUUGCAAACACUGUUUUUUUUCCCCCGAGCCUUGUUACAAUGACUGGUUUUGCUUUCCUCCCCAUUUUGGCUCCAUGUUCCCCGAUGAUCUUGGUCUUGAGACAGGUUUCUUUGCAGGGAGGGGCAACGGGGCCAGAAUUGUGCCAAAGACACAGGAUUCCGGCGAAUCGUUGGAUCGGCCAACGAGGAAAGAGGGCCUUGACAACAUUGCAGCAGAUGCUUCGGUGAAAACGAUGCCUUCUCCUGACCUCUCCGGUGUCCCGGGUCUUAUGGAUUUGAAUCUGCAAAUGGCUCUAUGUGGGGAAGGGGCUCCUGGCUUCAGUUCUGACCAUGCUUGAUGGCUGCUUGUUGCCAUAUGUUUCUUGCUUCUGUCGGAAGGACGAUUCCUGUGAUAUACCAAGAACCAUCUGCAGGAAAAGCCCAAUGCAGACAUUGAUGGUGGGCAGAGGGAUUCCACAAAGACCCCCAACUCCUCCUUUGG